GAACUUCCCAUCACUAUUAGACGUCAGCGCUGAGUUGAGUUUUCCCUCUGUGACUCUUGGAUGUGUGUAAGAUGGCCGGGUUUAAGGAUCUUAAAGAGUUAUUCAGUCGACGGCUGCUCGCUGCGGUUAUCAGAGAUAUAACAGAAGAAAGAACAACAAGUGGAUACGAAGAGGAGCUCCACCGACAAAGAAAACUGCUGGAUGUGAUUUUAACUCCUGAAAUCAAGCUACAGAGAACAGAUGUCCAGCAGCUGUUGGUGAGUAAAGAAGAGCUUCCACCUGAGCAGCAGGAGUGGAGCCACAUUCUGGACCAGGAGGACACUAAGCCCCAACACAUUAAAGAAGAACAUGAGGAACUGUGGAUCAGUCAGGAGGAAGAACAGCUUCAAGGACUGGAGGAGGCUGAUACCACCAAGUUCCCCUUCACUCCUGUCUCUGUGAAAAGUGAAGAUGAUGAAGAGAAACCUCAGUCCUCACAGCUUCAUCAGAGACAAACUGAACAGAUGGAAACAGGAGUUGAUGGAGAGGACUGUGGAGGAGCAGAACCAGAGAGAGACUCAGAUCCAGAGAGACGUUUACAACCUGAGACUGAUGACAGUCAUGAUUGGAAAGAGACAAGAGAAGAUCUGUCAGAAUUAAAUAAGAAACUAAAGACCGGUAAGAGACCACACAGCUGCUCGGAGUGCGGUAAAAGAUUUAACCGAAAAGGGACUCUGACCAGACACAUGUUAGUUCAUAAAGGAGAGAAACCUUACAGCUGCUCUGAGUGUGGUAAAAGUUUUACCCAAAGAGGAAGUCUGACCACACACAUGUUAAUUCAUACAGGAGAGAAACCCUUCAGCUGCUCUGUUUGCAGUAAAAGCUUUACCCUAAAACAAACUCUGACCAGUCACAUGUUAGUUCAUACAGGAGAGAAAGCCUUCAGCUGUUCUGAGUGUGAGAAAAGAUUUACCCUAAGAGUAAAUCUGACCAGUCACAUGUUAGUUCAUACAGGAGAGAAACCCUUCAGCUGCUCUGUUUGCAGUAAAAGCUUUACCCGAGGAGAACAUCUGACCAGACACAUGUUAGUUCAUACAGGAGAGAAAGAUUUCAGCUGCUCUGUUUGCAGUAAAAGCUUUACCCGAGGAGAACAUCUGACCAGACACAUGUUAGUUCAUACAGGAGAGAAAGCUUUCAGCUGCUCUGUUUGCAGUAAAAGCUUUACCCAAAGAGGAAAUCUAACCAAACACAUGAUGAUUCACACAGGAGAGAAACCUUUCAGCUGCUCUGAGUGUGGUAAAAGGUUAAGUUCUAAGGCAGAGCUGACCAGACACACGAUGAGUCACACAGGAGAGAAACCUUUCAGCUGCUCUGAGUGUGGUAAAAGGUUUAGUUCUAAGAGAUAUCUGACCAGACACAUGAUGAUUCACACAGGAGAGAAAUGCUAAUCCUGUGCAAUGGUAAAACUGAUCCAAAGGAUUCUAAGUUGACAACAUCACUAAUGUGUAUUCAUAAGUAUGUAUUGACUAACAGAUGUAUAACUGUUGUUAUAAAGGGAUAUAAGACAAUUCUAUUCACAGGAAUCUGUCUGUACUUUUUUGACAUUGAUGUUUUGUUGCUGACAUAUGAACCAGUAAGUUGGGAUCAGCUAUGACGUUUAAAUUUAAAGUGUUUAUAUUGUUGAAAGAUCAGAAAGAGUUAUGCAUUUGUUGAAUUUGUUUUUAUCAUAUAUGUACUUUUUAUUUUCAUUAUAAUUUAAUCAAUUUAUCAUGUACUUCAUAUAUUUACUUUUUAUUUUAUUAUCACUUAAUCUUUUCAUCAUAUUCAUUCAUAUGUCAUAUAGUCGCUACGACUUUUGGUUUUUGGCUUUUAUAUUUCCUGUCAAUCCUACACACACCCGCGGUGCCUACGCACCUGUGAGGUCAGGAUAAGUGUACCAUACUUUGAGCAAAACCACAUACGAGCUCGUAGGCAUAUAGUGUUUCUGCGUAUCUGCCUGGUUCACGGUCUUCGAGCUAAAACCACAUAUGAACUUAGUAUCACCUGUGUUACCUUGUAUGCUUUGACAUCAAAACCACAUAUGAACUUGG